AUGAUUCACGAGAUCGAUGUUUUCCAGAUCAAGAUCACCGAGGAAUACACAUUGCUGUUCAAGGAGACUUUUCCACAUCGUGUAAAUGAAGCCCUCGAAAUCACACGGCGGCAGCGUGAAAAGACCUGGGAGGACGUGAACGGCCUUCUACAAAAGCUGGACACAUUGAACUGGGAGAUCAUGUCCUGGGUGAAUCGAAUAUCAUUUGUUGACCUAAGUCAAGUCGACAUCCGCGGGGCUACUCUGACAAAGGGCAAAAGUCUUUGGACACGACAAUUUCAGGAUCUCAAGAAACGCAUCGAUGAAGUAUUGAUGCAGUUUACAUACAAAGGGCACCCUUUACAUUAUGUGGGUAGUUUGAACAAUGGCACUCGAGGGGCGCACAAAGGAAAAACAGUCAUUAAUAUCAAUGACUUUGAUGUUGACCUCUUUGUUGUGCAUUCGGUCGAAUGGCACAGGAAUUUGCCGAUUAUAAUGAAAAAUUACCCUCAAAAUCUCAGCAAUGGGAAGAUCUUCCCUUUGGGAACGCAUAUGCAGGAACUGCAGAAUCUCAGUCAUGCCGUGGGCCAGGCAUUGGCAGGAGAACUUGGUGACGACCUGAAAAAUGCGUGGGAUUUUAUUGAUAAUACUGAGAUCGUGCUUCGAGAGAUAGACUCUUAUUAA